AUGACAAAUUACCAAGAUAAUAAUAGUAUACCAAAUAUAGAUAAUAAUGAAUUGUUUAUAAAACUACCAUUUCUUUUACUUAAUAAAAUAAUUAGAGAGUUAGAUGAAGAUAUAGAUAGAAUUUGUUUCACACUAGUUUGUAAGAGAUGGUUCGAGUAUAGAGAUAAAUAUCUUUGGUUCAAUUGUUUACAUUUAAAACAAGAGAUCGGUCACUUUGACAUUGAAAAGAAUCAAUAUUUCUCAUUGAAUUCAUUCAAAGAUCAAUUUCAACGAUCUUUCGAUGUACAAUCAGAUUGUUCCCUUCUAGUUAAAGAAACCAUUGUUAAUAUUCCUUUUGAAUCAGGUUGGCUAAGACCUGUUUCUAUAAUUGAUUUUGAAAAGUAUGAAUUGAAAUCAUCGCACACCAAACUUAUUGUCGUAGGUUCAACAGCGACGGAUUUCACCUUGGUCAAUAAAGACAAUAUAGAAAGACUCAGUAAAUCAAAUGUCAAUUCAAUUCAUUUCUGUCGAACAUUUGAUAUUCAAGAUUAUGAACCUUUACCAUCGAAUAUCACGGAAAUCAUAUCCUAUUCUGAUAUUAAAAUGUCACAUCUACCGUUGCAACUUGAAAGAUUGGCGUAUACUGGAAAAAUACACCAGAAGGUUCAGAUUUCACAACUACCUCAGUCACUCAAGUUUCUGUCUUUGCCGAAGGGACAAAGUUGUUCCAAUGAAGCAUUUCCAUCGAAUCUUGAGGUGCUCAGGGUCUACAAUAUUGUUAAAGAAUCUAGCAUCAUAGAACUUCCAGCAACACUUAAACAUCUCAAAACAACAGGUUAUUGGUUGAAGAAAAUCCAUUCUCUGACAUUGCUUCAGUCAUUAAAACUGAAAGUGGAUAACAAUACAGUGUUUAUGCCUGGCGACAUUCCGCAGAGCGUUACACGUUUGAAAUUGUCUAAAGUAUAUGGUGAUUUGAAAUCGAUAAGAUCAAAUGACAUUCCCAAAGGAGUUAAAUAUAUCAAACUGUUUGGUAGAAAUUGGAAUGGCGAUCCUACAUCCAUUCCAAGCACCGUGGAAAACAUCGGAAUGCGACCAGGCUGUGUAUUAUCAGGAGCGUUGCCACCGACAAUCAAAUCGAUGAACAUUGAAAUCGAUGGAGACAAGUUUAAUUUGGAAAAUCAUUAUUUCGCUACCACCAACACAAUCAUCGUAAAACAAGAAGAGCAUACCUAUACCAUAAAAAGACUUGGAGAAUCAACAUUCCUUGUCUAUGGUGUCGCUGGUGAUCGAUUCAUUGCAGUCAUAUCAGAUUGGUCGAAUAUACUAUCAAAGUUAUCCAAACUAUUCGUAUAUAAAUCAAAUUCAGGUGAUAAAAAAUAA